AUGGACCCGGGAUUCGCGCUGGGGGGGAAGAAGCCGUGGCAGGAGCGGCUUCGGAUCGCGGAGGAGAAGCGCGCGCUGACGGCGCUGCGGUGGGAGAACGAAGUCCGCGCGAGGGCGACGGCGAAGGCGCGGUCGCGCGCCGCCGUCGACGCCGCGGAGGCUGAGUUGACGCGACUGCGGAAGCGACGCGCGGAUAUUCUCACGCGGCAGCGGCACAGACGCGCGAUGGCGGCGACGAAGGCGGACCCGAAGUCGACGCCGCGGUUCCGACCGGCGUGGGGGUACACGGGGUCGCCGGGGACGGUGGAGAACAUCUCGAAACUCGCGGCGACGGCGGCGGCGGGCGGCGCGCCGAUUCCGCCGCCGCUCUUUCCGGCGGCGGCGGCGCCGUCCCCGGCGCGGCCGCCGCGCGCGUCGCCGAGACCGAGCCCGAAGCCGAGCCCGAGCCCGAAACGACCGAGCCCGAAACGACCGAGCCCGAAACGACCGAGCAGCGCGAGCCCCGCGGCGACCGCGGCGACGUACGCGUCGUACGCGUCCCCGGGGGGGUCGUAUUACUACUCUCCCGGCGUCGGACGAAAAUCGCUGACGCCGGCGGAGGCGUCGGCGGCGGCGGCGCGGCGCGUGAGAGCCGCGAAGGCGUCGAGGGAGCGCGAGGCGGCGGGGAAGGACGGCGGCGCGGCGAGGUCGACGAGGGCGCCGCCGCCGCCGCCGCCGCCCGCCGCCGCGGGGUUUUCGUUCAGCGCGCCGACGGCGUCCGCGGCGGCGAAGGCGAAGGCGCCGGCGGCGGCGACGACGCGACAAAAAAAAGAGAGGCUGAAACCCGCCCCCGCGGUCGCGAGACCGUCGUCGUACGCGAAACCGAAAUCGACCGCGUCGAGGAAGCUCUCGAUGACCCCGACCGGCGCCGGCGCGACCACGCGCGGCCACGCCGAGCUCGCGGAGGACGUCGACGGGUUGAAGCGCGACGUCGCGUCGAUCAAGUCGUCGCUGAGCGCGCAGGGCGCGUCGUUGGGCGGCGAGCUCGAAGGCAUCAAGCGAGAGAUGCGUCGCGUGUUCGAAAUGUUGAGCGCGGCGGUCGGGGCGGGCGGGGGCGGGAACGGCGGGGGGUCUGGAGGGGGGUCUGGAGGGGGGUCUGGAGGGUCCGUCCCGAGUUCCCCGCAGCAGUUCGUCUCCGGUUGA